AUGGUUGAAAGCACAGAAGAGAGGGAGCUUUCACUAGUCUCCAAGCUGGAACUACGUAUUGCUCUUGCAGACUCAGAUCCAAAGCUCCAGUCUCUUCUUCAUACAUAUCUUGCACCGCUUUUGUUGAAACUUGCAUCUGAGCAUGCCUCUGUCCGGACCAAGGUCGUGGCUCUAUGCCAGCAUAUCAAUACCAGAGUCCAGUCUCAAUCAAUUGCCCUUCCCGCCGAGGCCUUGUUAAAGCAGUUCAAAGAAACCAAUACUUCUCUUAUCAGACAUUUUGAUUUGAUUUAUAUCCGUCAUGCACUCAACCAGAUGGGCUCGGCCAGCCUAGAUCUUUUGCCUUCUUUGCUCCAUGGGAUAUCCCACUUUGAUGGCUCCGAAGCUCAAACUUCCAUUCUGUUCAACAUGGUACUGAAGCUACUUCCCCUUAUCAAACUCCCUCCUAGGGGAAGCGAAGAAGAUAUAAAUAUUGGGAAUAAAAUGAAGCUGCUUCCAGAAGACAGCACAUUUCUCGCGCGGUGGUUCGGCAAGCUGCUUCUCCUUACAUCCACUACUAGGGCUUGUCCAGGGCUAUCUAUGGAGGAAGUUAGAUUUUUAUGUCGAGGAUCAUCGAACGGUGAAACGUGGGACCCAAAAGCUCCUGGAGGGCUGAACCUUAUAGACACGAAGGUGGCGGCCUUGAGAUUUUUGAACAGUGGUGCUUUCAACGACUCUAAUCGAUUUAUUCCAGCGUUGAUUGCGACUGCUGAUCCAAACACGCGAAUUUCCAACGUCGGAGAUGAUAUGCUUAAACGUUUCCGCCCGGAUUUGGAAUCUGGCGAGGUAGUUGAGCAGCUGUUUUCUCUUUAUCUAGGGUCAACGGAGACUGGCGGCGCUCUGCCUGCUCGCCCUGCGUUGAAAAUAAAGAUUAUCCACUUUUUGAGUAAAUCGGUACAAGCGACUUCCAAGAACCAACAUACUAUUCAGGUCCUUAAUGAUGCUCUCACCUGUGAUAAUGUAGGUGGAGCCAGCGGGCUCGAGGUAUCUAAAAUGCUCCAGCAAAUCUUCCAUUUUGUUACCUGGCUGACGAGGAUGGGGGCACCUUCUGACUUGAGUGUGGUUGCACCCAGCAUAAUCAAAGCCUUAAGAGAAAUGGUCGAGCGUCAAGGCUGGCCAGUGACCAGACAACCCUUAAAACCAUCUGAGCUUAGUUCCAGGAGCCUCGCUUAUGAGUCUAUAGGACUACUUGCUCCAAAGAUUGACGCCUCCCUUUCAGGUGGAAAGGAAAACCCAAUUGAUACCAACUUGUUGGAGUGGAUGUUUACGUCCCUGGGAUCAGAUACUUCUGGGCCACAAAUUCUCGUCAGCAUUGAGGAAGCACUUGGAGGAAUUCUCAACUCCAUAACCAAACACUUGGACAAGAACUCAACAGACCAGAUCCGCCCCAUUCUAGUUAGAUUUGCAACUUCCAAACCUGGGGAGCGAGAUACAGUAUCGGGACUUAAUAUCGUUAGAAGCACUCGUUUUGCUGCUGUUCGAUUUUCCAACCGCUGCAUGCCUUAUAGCGAUAUCCAAGGUAGAUGCAUUGACCUCCUAGCCAUUGCCGAGGGGCAAGAUGGCGGACUGGAAAUAGCAGAAGAGGGAAGAAAAGGGCUGGAUCCUUAUUGGUAUCGAAUGCUGAAUCCUUGUGAUAAUAUUACCGCCCCAGUGACUGAGAAUAAACGCUACAUCUUUCCGCGAUUCAAGGAGCUUACACACUAUCUAUUUAGCGAAGAUUUGGAUGAAGAAGAUUCUCUCCGACAAAAGCUUCGCUCAAUUAUCACCUCUGAGAAGUACACCACUGUUUAUGCAACUGCAAUCGCAUACCUCCGAAAUCUACUACUUUGUGAAGCCUUAGUAAAUACCGAUACGAUCCAAGAUAUUGAACAUAAUUGGGAGCAGAGACUCGACCAUAUUCUUUCAAACAACGAAAAUGCCCGAGCUUCCGUGAGAGACUACAUUACUGAAUGUGAUGACGUUCUUCCAUUACUUUUAAAUGCUUGUCUUAAAGGGUUACUUUUUAGCUCUGGUCCAUCAAUCGGCCGGUCGGCCACCCACUUUAUUGAAAUUGCCUCUCUCACUUCAAACAAGCUCCUUAGCCCUUUAAUAAAGUGCAGUCAACCCCUAAUUGACACUUUACUAAAAAUAUCCCCCCCUGAGCAAGAUACCGCUGCCCAAGCCUUUGGUAUCCUGAUAAGUCACCCUAGUUCUCCUCAAAAUCAAAGAGACCACGCAUGGGAAAUUCUAUCCUCCCAUGCUUCUAAAUGGCAAGAGGCUGUCGGUACAGUGACAUAUACGGCACGCGGGGCGGUGUUAGGCCAGGCAUUUAUGCUAUCGCGUGUAUACAUUCGUGGUGAGCAGAUUCAAGAAUUGCAUCUAAAAGUGCAACAGUGCCUAAGUACAACACUUGAUAUUUUGAAGGACUCUCGUGACUCCACCCUUAGGAAAGCUGCUUACGAUGCUAUUGGCCAGCUUAGCCUUUCAUCAGCCAUUCCUGUAGAUAGCAUACAGGAUGAUCAAUGGAAAUUAAUCGUCGAAGCUAUCUCCGCUGAUGCUAAAAAGCAUAGCGAGCAAGCUAUAGCCGCACUAGGACGUUUAUCUCUGGUUAUCUCUAAAGAGGACACAGGAUCUACCAAGCUAGAACAAUUGUUAGGCAUACUUUAUGCACUCCAUGAAGUCAAAGCGGUAGAAGUCCAGUUUGCGGUCGGUGAGGCCUUGAGCAUAAUAGCAGCUGGAUGGCAGUCAACAUCAUUAAUUUCAUCCUUGGAUGUGGAUGUUGAGAAGCCUAAGUCUGGCAUUCCCUCACGUGUUCUCUCUAAAAUCCUGGAUAAGAUCAUGGACGACUGUAAAGCACCCAAACCAUCCUUAAAGAGAGCGUCAGUCAUAUGGCUUCUUUGCCUCAUUCAAUAUUGUGGCCAGGAUGAAGAGGUUCAGACUCGUCUCUGGAAGUGUCAGCAAACAUUCAUUUGGCUACUUUCCGACAAGGAUGAAACAGUUCAAGAAUCUUCUUCGAGAGGUUUAUCACUGGUCUACGAGCUAGGUAGUCGGAGUCUCAAAGAUGACUUGGUCCGUGAUCUCGUGCGAUCGUUUACGGCUGAUAGCUCCAAUAUGGGAGGUGGAAAGAUUUCUGAAGAAACGGAGCUGUUUGAACCUGGGGCCUUACCAACCGGCGAUGGCUCAAUUACAACCUACAAAGAUAUCGUAGGUCUGGCAUCUGAAGUAGGAGACCCAAGUCUCGUGUACCGCUUCAUGUCACUGGCUUCAAAUAGCGCUAUAUGGUCAAGCCGUGCCGCCUUCGGCCGUUUUGGUCUUAGCAACGUUCUUUCUGAUUCUAGUGAGAACGGAUAUCUUUCCCAAAAUCCAAAGUUAUACCCCAAGUUGUAUCGGUAUAAGUUCGAUCCCAACCCCAAUGUACAAAGAUCUAUGAAUGAUAUAUGGAAUGCCCUCGUGAAAGACUCAAAUGCAAUCAUCGACUCUCAUUUUGAUGCAAUUAUGGAUGAUCUUCUUCGCAGCAUUGUUGACGGGAAACAAUGGCGGGUCAGACAAGCUUCUUGUGCCGGUAUCGCCUCCCUGCUUCAGGGUCGCCCAGUCGAGAAAUACGACAAGUAUCUAAACGAAAUCCUUACAAAAUCGUUUAAGGUUCUUGACGAUAUCAAGUCGAGCGUACGGCAAGCGGCACUAUCAUUAUGUCAAACUCUUAGUGACAUUGUUUUGCGUGCCCUAGACACUGGCGAUUCUUCAUCGAAACGGGCAAAACUUAUGCUGCAGCAUAUUGUCCCAUUCCUCCUUGGACAUGAAGGCUUGGAAUCAAGCGUGGAAGAAAUCCAAAAGUACUCCAUUAUUACAAUCACGAAAAUAGUAAAGAAAGCGUCAGGGCCGUUGCUUAGACCGUUUGCGGCCCUUAUUUUAGAAAGACUUCUCACCUCACUCACCUCAGUGGAGCCCCAAGCCGUCAACUAUGUUCAUCUAAAUGCCGAUAAAUACGGAUUAACUGGCCAAGCUAUUGAUAAGAUGAGAUUGACUGCUAUCAGAAGUUCACCGAUGAUGGAAUCUAUCGAGUUACAUCUUCUCGACUCACUCGACGAUGCGAGUAUGGAAGAAGUGGUACCCGCUUUGGAGAGUUCGUUACGAUCUGCCAUUGGCCUACCGUCAAAAGUAGGUUGCAGUCGGGUGCUAGUUAUCCUCAGUUCUAAAAAUCUAUUGUUUCGCCCCUACGCAGCUCGAUUCAUCCGAAUAUUGCGAAAAUUGGUCUUAGACCGGAAUGAGACGGUUAGCGCAUCAUAUAGUUCUGCUAUUGGCUAUCUCACUCGCCUGGCGAGCAAUGAAGAUGUAGUGGAUACUAUUCAGUUUGCCAAAUCGCUCUAUUUUGAAUCGGAAGAUGCAGCCCAUCGCAUCGUUGCCGGGGAAAUUAUGAAUGGGAUGUCAAAGCUUGCAAACGAUAGGGUGCAAGCGGUAGCAGCGGCCUUCUUGCCUUUUAUAUUCUUAGGAAUGCACGAUACCACCGAUGAGGUCAAGAAGUUCUUCAGUAAAACCUGGAAUGAUAAUGUGAGCGGGCCGCGGGUUAUUUCACUAUACCUAAAUGAAAUUCUCGAAAUUGUUUCAGGCCAGUUGAAUUCACCCAAAUGGCCCAUUAAACAUGCGUCUGCUCUUACCAUAGCAAAGGCUGUCGUUUUGGUGGACAAAAACAUGGACAUUCCCACAGCCACAUCUCUCUGGCCACAUCUUGAGAAGGCUUUAGAAGGUAAGACAUGGGAUGGUAAAGACAAGGUUCUGGAAGCUUUUGUUACAUUUUCUAUACAUUCCAAGGCAUUCUUGGAAGAACGGAAUGAUGUCAAGGAACGCAUGAAGGCUAUUGUAAUCCGGGAAGCAAAACGGAAGAAUAUCGACUAUAGGCCCCAUGGGCUGAGGGAACUCGGACGUUUUUCCAGGAACCAAGAGGAUCUUGACAUGACGAAAGAAACGCUAGUAGUGGUAUCUCCGAUUUUUGAAGAAAUGGUAGAUGAAAUCAAAAGUGAUAGGAUGGAGAUUGAUUCAAAAGAUAGCCGGGUUCCAAAUAUUGAAGAUAAGACCUUUACUGCAGGAAUAGAGUGCCUCUAUAAUGCCGCAAAUCCUUCUAUCCCGUCAGCAGUAGAGCUGUGUGACUACCUUGGUCGUAUGUCAAGUAUAAUUAAACCGGUGAUCGAACAUGCUGGAAGGUCUGUAUACUCUACACUGUUUGACUGUGUGAAGGACUUUUUCAACAGGGUCAACGAGCAUCUCCUAAGCGGUAAAGAGGAGAAUCACACACCAGAACCUUCUUCUCUAGACAAGGGGCUUGCUUCAACGUUGAUUAAGGAACACGAAUUUCUGUUCCAAGAGAUUGACUUACCGAUCGAAAGCGUGAGAAGUAAAUUUGCCCAUGCAAUUUUGUCGUACACCAAGGUCUUGAAGAAGAAUUCCACACCACUUGGUAGCUCCCAGCGGCGUCAAAUCGAACAUUGGAGAGACACUGAGCGGUCCGAGGCUGUUAAAACGAUCUGGCAUGAAGUCUCGGAGCAAUUAGGAUAG